CCAACCGGAACCGUUUCAACGUACGUCUUCUUUUUUCUGCAGAUUGCAUCUGAUCAAUGAACAGUAAAGCUUGGCAGCAAAGUUUGGCAGCGAUCAGUUAAAUAGUUUGUUAUUGUCCAGCUUACUGAACCUGUGCCGCUCUUCAGUUUUCUGACUUGCUGGAGGCCUCACUCCCUCAUCCUGCUCCCCGUCACUGGGUCUCUUCAGGAAUGUCUCAGACAAGUCUGCAUGGUAAGUGGGCCGUCUCAAGCAGCGAUGAUGAUGACGAUCUUCCUCCUUCAGGAACUACAACAUCCAAGUCCAGUCGGCCAGCCGAAUCCAGUCACAGCACCCGCAGGUCUCCGUCUCUGGUUCCAGUGCCAACUCCUCUGGAGGUGAAAGCAGAACCAGCCAGAACCCCGGUAUGCUCUCUCACUAUUGGUUCUGAAGCCAGACAGUCAGCAGCGAGGAACCAGGUAAAUCCAUUAAAGUUUGAAACCAGCCCAUCACUGGCUGGAAAGCGGAAGAAAGAAACCUCAGAUGGUUCAGGCUGGGCCCUCUCAGACAGUGAUGACGAUGAUCUAGAAGUGAAAAGGAAGAACCAGAGUAGCCUGCCUAGGCGGGCGCCUCCAAACGGCGAGACAAAAAAGCCAAAGGUGGAGAGCGAGCGUCCGCCAAGUCCCCACGGCCAACUGUACUACAUCGAUGAGCCAGACGACUUCUUUGAGUCCUCUCUUCCCUGCCUUAAUGACACCUACAGAUUCUACCUCAACAAAGUCACAGGGCUGGACAGGAAGUUCAACAGUGGAGCUCUGCAUAUCAAAGACAUCCUGUCCCCAUUAUUUGGGACCCUAAAAGAGUCGGUUCAGUUUAACUACUGCUUUGACAUCCCCUGGAUGGUAAAGCAGUUCCCAUCAGAGUUCAGGCAUUGUCCGGUUCUGAUUGUCCAUGGGGAUAAAAGGGAGGCCAAAGCAAGGCUGCUGCAGCAGGGUCAGCCUUUUCCACAUGUUCGCUUCUGCCAGGCUAAACUGGACAUUGCUUUUGGAACUCACCACACGAAGAUGAUGCUGCUGUGGUAUGAGGAAGGUUUCAGAGUCAUCAUCCUCACCUCCAACCUCAUCAGAGCUGACUGGUAUCAGAAGACACAAGGGAUGUGGAUGAGCCCUCUGUUUCCACGGUUACCAGAGGGAAGCAGCGCAAGUUCAGGGGAGUCACCCACCUUCUUUAAGCGGGACCUGUUGGAGUACCUGGCAUCAUACCGCGCACCAGAACUCGAAGAUUGGAUCCAACGGAUCAAAGAGCAUGACCUUUCAGAGACGAGAGUAUAUUUGGUCGCCUCGACACCAGGGAGAUACGUAGGUGCAGACAUGGAGCGCUGGGGUCACCUGAGGCUCAGGAAGCUGUUGUACGAGCACACAAAUCCAAUCCCAGGCGAGGAAAGGUGGCCUGUGAUUGGCCAGUUUUCCAGCAUCGGCUCCAUGGGGAUGGAUAAGAGCAAAUGGUUGGCAGGGGAAUUUCAGCGCACACUGACCACACUAGGGAAAUGCUCCCUCCGUCCAGAUCCCAUCAUACAUUUGCUGUAUCCGUCAGUAGAAGAUGUGAGGAUAAGUUUAGAAGGUUACCCAGCUGGCGGCUCUCUUCCUUACAGCAUCCAGACGGCUCAGAAACAGAUCUGGCUCCACUCAUACUUCCACCGCUGGAAGGCAAGUAGGACAGGGAGGAGUCACGCCAUGCCACACAUCAAAACAUACAUGAGGGUUUCACCAGACUUCACUCAGCUCGCCUGGUUCCUUGUCACGAGUGCCAACCUGUCCAAGGCAGCAUGGGGCGCUCUGGAGAAGAACAACACUCAGAUGAUGGUGCGUUCUUACGAGCUGGGGGUCCUCUACGUGCCGUUAGCAUUUAACAUGAAGACAUUCCCCAUCAAUACCAAUCCAUUUCCUGCCUCUUCCUCUACGACUGGUUUCCCGGUACCCUUUGACCUCCCCCCUACAAGCUACUCACCCAAAGACAAGCCGUGGAUCUGGAAUAUUCCUUACAGUCAGGAACCAGAUACUCAUGGCAACAUCUGGGUUCCCUCUUAGAAACAUCUCUGUCACCAACCCCUGUGUUUGUACCUGUUAUCCGUCUUUGUAGCUAUCAGCUAAAUGUAAGCUAUUUUUUUACAGUAGUGUAGACUCGGAUUUUCAAUAAAUAAGUCAAAUACUGUU